ACAGCCCAAGCAAAAAGGCGCGGAGCCGAAACUUGCAUUGCAAGGAGAGAAGGCCCUCGCCGCCCACCUCCCCCUCGGGAGGCUGGCCAUGGCGGAGGGGGAAGAGGAGGCGCCGCGGCCGCAGCCGCGGCCGACGCUCGCCCUGGAGGCUUUCCGCGACAGGAUCGUCCAGGCGGUGAAGGAGAACCGCGUCACGAUGAUCGUGGGGGGCACCGGAUGCGGAAAGAGCUCCAUGAUCCCCCAAUUUCUUCUAGAAGAAAAUAUGGAGCCCAUUAUGUGCACACAGCCUCGGAGGUUUGCAGUGGUAGCCAUUGCUCAAAGGGUGGCUCAUUCUCGCAAGUCGAUGCUAGGACAAGAAGUUGGAUAUCAUAUAGGCCACCCAAAUAUGAAGAAUCUUACCUCAACAAGGUCAAAAAUUGUUUUCAAAACAGCUGGUGUUAUGCUAGAGCAAAUUCGUCAACACGGCAUUGAUGCAUUGCAAUAUAAGGUUAUCAUUCUUGAUGAAAUUCAUGAAAGGUCUGUGGAAUCUGAUCUUGUCCUUGCUAUUAUCAAGCAGUUUAUGAUGGAAAAGAGUGACUUCAAACUGGUUUUGAUGUCUGCCACUGUUGAUAGCACGCGGUACGUUGAGUACUUUAAAGAUAUUGGAAAGGUUGAAUUGAUUACCAUCCCGAGCAUCCCAUGCACUAACAUGUUCCAGAGAAAAGUCCAUUAUCUUGAUCAGAUCGAUAACAUGCUGAAGAUGGAUUCUGAAUCAUUCUCGACAAAGUAUUGUGCUGGAGAAGAUUUUAAAACAGAUGCUAUUCUUAAUCCUGACGUGUAUCAUCUUAUCCACACGUUAUUGUUGCACAUACACCAAAGUGAACCAGAUACUGAAAGGAGUAUUUUGGUUUUUCUUCCUACAUACCAUGCAUUGGAGCAGCAGUGGGCUCGGUUGUCUGGUUGUUCAACUUUCAAAGUACAUAUUCUUCAUCGCAGCAUUGACACAGAUGAAGCUUUGGAAACUAUGAAGGCCUCAGAGUCUUGCCGAAAGGUUAUACUGGCGACAAACAUGGCCGAAUCGUCUGUCACUAUUCCAGGAGUUGCUUAUGUUAUUGAUUCAUGUAGAUCAUUGCAAGUCUAUUGGGACCGAACCAGGAAAAUCGACUCAACUAAGCUUGUAUGGAUUUCCAAGUCCCAGGCUGAGCAGCGGAAAGGAAGGACAGGCCGAACCUGUGAUGGACAGAUUUUUCGCUUGGUAACAGAGCCAUUUUACAACGCUUUUCCUGAUCAUGAAAGCCCUGCCAUUUCAAUGUUAUCCUUGAGAGACCAAGCACUCAUGAUAUGUUGUGCAGAUUCCAUAGCUAUGAAUGACGACCCCACUGUGCUGCUGCAAAAAAUUCUCAAUCCACCGGAAUCCAGUGUUAUUAAAGAUGCACUAGAUACUCUUGUUCAAAUUGAUGCAUUUCAGCCAGCAUUCCCUGGAGGGUAUCAUCCCAGAUUUUAUGGCUAUUUGCUCGAUAGUUUGCCGUUAUCAUUUCAUGCUUCUGUUCUUACCCUGAAAUUUGGUGAGAUGGGGUAUCUCCAUGAAGGAAUCCUGAUAGGCAUUAUGUUGGACAUUCAACCACUUCCUGUACUGCAACCUUUUGGUGAUCAAGCAUUGCGCAAGAAGAUUAGAGAUGAUUAUUUUGAUGAACGUACCUUCCAAAAAAUUGGCAAGAAGGAAGCUACACUCAUCGCAAAUCUCCGGGCAUAUCAGUUUUGGCAGCGUAUGUUUAAGGAUAAGUUUCGUCUGGAGUACCUGACAAAUGUCUCCAAGAACCAAGAAUCAAAUGCAUGUGAGAUCUUGAAAGUUGAACAAGAAUGGUGUAGAUUACACAAUCUCGUGCUUAAAGCACUUAACAACAUCUCCAAAAUUUAUGAUGAUAUUAUGAGCACACUGCACCGGUUUAGGCCUCAAUUUCUUCUGGAAAUCAAUCCUCCAAAGUACCUUCAGACCUCUGAAUUCCACCAUGAAUGUCGUGAUACUGAAUUGCCGGAGCCAGAUCAUAUGACUUCACUCCCGUUGGAAACUGACAAUUCUCACUUAGAUUCACAGAGGUGUGCUGCAAUCCCUUAUAUUUCUGCAACUGAUUUUGGAGCCACUGACAUUGUUAAUACCCUCAUGAAGGUUACUGAAAAGAUGAAGAUAGAACUUGCAGAGACGUGUGGUUGUAGAAAUGGCGACUCUUGUCCAUUUGCACACAAUCUUGGCUCUUUGAGCUCUUCAUCUGUUACUUCUAAAAUGAAUCCAGAAGAUCCACCAUGGCCGCAGGCUGACAUAAGUUGGAGGAAGUUAGUGACUGGAGGUGAAAAUGGUCACAUUCUUGUCGUGAAUGACAGAACUCUGAAGUUUUCCUCUCAACUUCAUAACAUGGUUGACAUUACACCUGAUCUGCAUUUGGCUGAGCGUAAUUUAGUUGCAAACAAUCUCAGAAUAGUCCAGAAUGUCGCUGAUCCUUCUCAUCUAACUAUUGGAGAUGAACAUGAACUACCAGUUCCUUGGACGAGACUAAAGCGAAUUAUUUUGGUAGAUGAUUAUGAUUCUGGUGAAACACUCAACCACCAAGUCUUGCAGAAGUUCUUUGAGAAUAUUGCCAUCAAGAUAUUGUCAGGACCAUUAUCUAGUGUGCAGAUCAUCUUGAUCAUGAGUAACACAAAGUUUGUUAAGAUACAGGUGGAAAAGUUGGCAAGGGAGUGUUUCUUCAUUCUUGGUGAAUCAUUCCUGUUAAAUGUAGCGCCUCUUAAGUGGUCACCGAUCAUGGGCAUCCGUCAACUAGAUGGGCAGGUAGCAGGACGAGUUGCUUACGUUUUCAACAUGCAUCCUCCUUCGGGGGCGGGCAUUCGGCGGGGCGAUUUUGCAACACAACAGAGCGCCAAGUCCUCUGCAGAAAGCUAGGUCAAAUCGUUAGCUUGGUCAUACGCAUUGUAAUAGCUAGGUCAAACCGUUUUGCAAGUUGUAAGUAGUUCUUUGAUCAGGUCACCUUGUACAGAAAUAUUAUGGCAGAGUAGCUACGAUGGGUACA